CUGCUGAUAAAGAAGAAGUGGAACACCACCCAAGUGAAAAGGUGUGUUGUGCGAGGAUCUGUUCCCUUCACACGACGGAUGUGUGUUCGCUCCUAAUAAUCGAGUGUAGUUUGUUAACAGGAAUGGAUUUUCGUGCAAAAAGUAGGUUUAGUUGAUCCGGUUGACUGUGUUUUAAGUUGUCGCUCGUAUUCGGGAAAGUUUGGAACGCGAUUCGGGUUGAAAUUCGAGGCGGUAGAUUGCGUCUGAAAACGGUAUCUAUAUUUUUCAAUUUUGGAUUUUUUUCUCUUCGUGGAAAGGUGAAGGCGAUUCCGAGGGGGGGUUGAAAAAAGAGACAGUCGGAGCAUAGAGAAAGAGAAAAAGGUGGAAGAAGAAAAGUCCAAGGGAAAAGAACUCCUGGUGAAGAAGAGAGAGACUUUGCCCGAAUUGGUAGUAUGGUAAAGCGACCAGUCACGAAAUAGGAUCAGGAGCAACGCCAACACCAUUUUUUCCAAGGAUGACGGAUUAAGAGUUGGCCAGUUUAGAAAAGUCUAAGGCAAUACCAGCGAAAAAAGCAGGCUAGUGUGUUAAUACCAUGGAUGAUGAAGCCGUCACGAGUCAUCCGCACUUGGCCGGAGUAGCGUGAGUCUCGACCAGCAGCACCGGCAGAUCCGCGGAGGCAGAGCACCACAACAUCAUCAGCAUCACAUUGCAUCGUCGUGCAAAACAAAAUGGCGGGUGGUGAGCAUUCGUUUGGAAGAAAGACAUUUCACAAGCCAACCUAUUGCCACCACUGCUCGGAUCUGCUGUGGGGACUAAUCGGACAAGGAUACAUCUGUGAAGUCUGCAACUUUAUAGUGCACGACAAGUGCGAGAAGAAUGUGAUAACACCAUGCCUAGGCGUCGCACCGUAUCUAAUCCGAAACCCGGUUGCACACUGCUGGUCCGAGCCCGAAAAGCACCAUAAACGGAAGUUCUGCUCGGUCUGCCGCAAGCGAUUGGAUGAAACCUCCGCGGUUCACUGUCUAAUUUGCGAGUACUUUGCCCACGCGGAGUGUCAGGACUUUGCGAUUCCCGAUUGCAAGGAGAAUGCCACGUACGUGCCGGGCAAGGAGUUGGGUCACGUCAAACACCAACACCACUGGCGCGAGGGAAACCUCCCGCAGUCGUCCAAGUGCGCUAACUGCAAGAAGGCAUGCUGGGCCUAUGAAUGCCUUACGGGUUACCGCUGUGAAUGGUGUGGCACGACGUCGCACGGUGGCUGUCGGAACAACAUCCCAUCGGAGUGCACCUUCGGCACGCUUCAGCCAAUCUACUUGCCACCGCACGCCGUCUCCAUACCGCGAACUGAAGUGCCAAUGGAAGCAAUCAUCGGAGUGCAGAACAAGAACAAGGGAACGCCGGGCAUGCAACGGGAUUACUCUUGUCCGGAGCUGUGGUCCAUCGGCAUGGACGAAUUCUGCGAAAACGGAACGGACUACCACCGUCACAAUCUUCCGGUGUUCACCUUCUACGAUGACGGUGACGACAGCGAAUCCAGCCGGGCACGGUUCCCCAGCGACACCGAUCUGCCAACGUACGGCAGCAUGUUCGACACGGCGGAGAAAGAAAAUUUCAAACCCAUGCCCAGCAGAAACCUAAUCCAUCCGGCGAUGCGACGGGCCAAGCUUGCCCCGAAAGACGCCAUCGUCACGAGGAGCAAAUCCUUCCAGGACCAAAGCAAUAGCAUUCCAAUGCGGCUGAAAAUGCUGCCAUUCCUGCGGGCAAAGGACCGACCCAAGGAUCGUCUCCGCCAUUCGCCGCUCUGUGAUGGAUCGUCCAACGUGUCGUCCUAUGGGUGUCCAUCGCCGAUGCUGUCGACGCUGAAAGUCGGCUCACCGGUGACGUCAGCAUCAACCUCGGCCACGGCUUCCGCGAUAACAAUCCCCAACGAGGAAAUCAUUAGUGGCGGCGUGCACUGGCACGGGUCCAGAAGCAACGGCCAGCACCAAGGGGACGUUGACAACCCGGACGAGGAGGAGGAGGAUGGCGCGGUUCUUCGGCGAAAAGACACUGGCGAACGGCGGGUGCUAUCCUACGGUGACGUCAGUAGUUUUGUGUUCAUCGAUGAGGACAUCGACAACGACGGCUACGGCUAUGAGUACGGCCAAAGAAAUACUGUCAUAGGUUCUCCACCUGAACUGAACGACGACGACGACGACGACGCUGACGUGGUGGUGGUGGAGGAUGUUAGCGAUGCAAGUACUAAAUUAAAUGCUCGUGAAACUGAUGCUCCCAAAGUGGGGCUGACGUCGGCGGAUAAGGGGCGGACUGACAACGAUGACGACGCCGAGAAAGGAAAUCGACGACGAGGUCAUCUGCUUGGUAGAAUCUAUCGUCGGAUGCGCAAGUGCUCGAUGGGAUGGAGCAAAACGGGACAUCGAAGAGCUCGCAGCAUCUCAGAAGAAAUGUACUCAGACCCCACACGUUGCGAUGACCAACAGAAGGCAGAGAGCAGUUCUGGCACUCACUCUAAACCCGAUUCUGCGCACAAAGAUAAAGAUAAGAAAGAUAAGGAAAAGGAGGAACGUGAUGAAGAAACAAUCAAAGUAUUUGACGGCAACUGUUCAUAUCGAAGAAAAAUAUUUAGAGCCAUCACCGUACCUAGAACAUGCUCGUUAGAACAAUUACUGACCACCGCCUUGAGGGCCUUUCACAUAGCCAGGGAUUCAAAUCUAUUUUUUCUUACGGACGUUUACGGUGAUGAAGUAAGAUUACAGGAUCCGACGCCAGUUCUGAACCUGCACCGAGUCGAGGGCAAACGACCAGCCAUCUAUCUGCGAUUUCGUGACCGCGAGAACGAUCACGGCUUCGUGAGGGUCUACCCCGGCAAGCUGCAGGUUGAGAACGCCUACGUCAACAUCCCGGUUGACCUCGACUCGACGGUGAAGGACCUCAUCGGCGAGUCGUUGAAAAAAUUCGGCCUCCAAGGACACCAGAUCGAGGACUACCGCUGCUCGGAGAUACUGCUGGACCGGGGGGUCACCGAGCGGGUCCUGUCGUGGAACGAGCGGCCCUGGGAGAUCAUGAAGCAACUCGGGAAGGACUCGAUCCGCCAGAUGGAGAUGAUGCGCUUCUACCUGCAGCUCAAACAGGACCCGCACGGACCUAAUUUGGCCCUCUUUGUCGGCAAUCUACCUCCGGGCCUGUCGCAGCGGAACUACGAACACAUACUGACUGAGAUCCUUGGUUUCGAAAACAAGUUUAGUAGUAUCGGUCCGAUCUACUACGAGUACGGAUCGCUAGUGAUAACCUACGAAAACGCAUCCAAAGCUGUUCGUGCAUUCCAAGCCUUGCGGGAGUCCAAAUACGAGGACAAACAUCUACUAGUGUUGUUGUUACCAAACAUUGAACCGAGCAUGGUUCCACAGGGAGUCCAACCGCUAUUGGUUUUCGUGAACGUGAAGUCCGGUGGAUGCCAAGGAUUAGAGCUUAUUAGUAGUUUUCGGAAAUUGUUGAAUCCAUAUCAAGUAUUUGAUCUGGAUAAUGGUGGACCACUGCCUGGACUGUAUGUAUUCAGACACAUUCAGGAUUACAAAAUUUUAGUUUGUGGAGGUGACGGCACAAUCGGAUGGGUGCUGCAGUGUUUGGACAAUGUCGGACAGGACUCGGAGUGUUCUAGUCCACCGUGUGCGAUUGUUCCACUUGGAACGGGAAACGACCUGGCCAGGGUGCUACGUUGGGGAGCUGGUUACACCGGUGGCGAAGAUCCGCUGAACUUGCUGCGGGAUGUCAUCGACGCCGAGGAAAUACGGCUGGAUCGCUGGACCGUGGUCUUCCAUCCCGAGGAUAAACCGGAAGACGCGGCACCAAGACCCUCGCAGACCAACUCAGCGGGUAAGAAGAAGAAAAUACAACAGCAAUUACAACAACAACAACAGAAUCAACACCAUCAUCCCGCGACGACGAUCAGCGCAAUCAGCCAAACGCAAGUCGUCGGUGCCACGCAGAGCGAAGACAACUCGCAGAUCUUCGUGAUGAACAACUACUUCGGCAUCGGCAUCGACGCCGACCUGUGUCUGGAUUUCCACAACGCACGGGAGGAGAACCCGCUGAAGUUCAACUCCCGGCUGCACAACAAGGGUGUAUACGUUAAGAUGGGCCUACGAAAGAUGGUCGGACGGAAGAUGGUGAAGGAACUGCACAAGGAGAUCCGGCUGGAGGUCGACGGCAAGGUGGUUGAUCUGCCACCCGUAGAGGGUAUCAUCAUUCUAAACAUCUUGAGUUGGGGUUCGGGUGCAAAUCCUUGGGGACCGGAGAAAGAAGAUCAAUUCAGCAAACCAAACCACUGGGACGGAAUGCUUGAGGUCGUGGGAGUCACCGGUGUUGUUCAUCUCGGUCAAAUACAAUCUGGUUUGCGGUCAGCCAUGCGAAUAGCCCAGGGAGGUCACAUCAAAAUUCACUUACACUCCGACAUACCGGUGCAGGUCGACGGGGAACCGUGGGUUCAGAGCCCCGGUGACGUCGUGGUGCUAAAGUCAGCUCUCAAGGCGACAAUGUUGAAAAAAAUGAAGGGCAAAAUGAAGCGACGUAACACCGAACCGACGAUGCAGGUGAUGGGGCCAUCGGGGAUACAGAUGACACUGGCCGCUCCCCAAGAGCCGGAGGAAGUCGACUCGAACAAUACUGACUUCUGAAUUUGGUACAACGAGCGAUUAAUUUAACGUGCUUCGUCGCUUGUCGAUACUACCACAACCACAAUGGCAAUUAUCACUGCAAAAGCAACAGCAGCCACCACCCCAUUCACCAUCGACAACAUCACUGAAAACAACCCAUCAUCCGAAGACGCUUCGUAAGCCGCCAUACCAAACCAACAAAACUGGCAACACCGAUCGCCAUUUUGACAGCGAAAUUUCAAUCUCACAAACACAUUUGUAUAGAUUCAAUCCCCCAGACAGACCAGUGGUUUAGCAACGUGCAUUGUUGUACAGGAGAACGAAAACAAAAACAUUUCACUUCAGCCCACCCUUCUGUGCAUAUGGUAGCAAAUAUUCCAAAGAAAAUUUUGUAGGUCAACCUUUCGAAGGAGCAAUAGAGCAACUAGCAAACCUACACAGACACACUUGUAAGAAAGCAGAACUUCGACAGUAGAGAGACUUUAGCAGAUGAAAAAGACUUAUCCGUAGUAACAUUAGUAAGUGCGUGUAAAAAUUACGAUUUGAAUCUCAGCUCCACUACAGAAACAAGAAAGAAGGACAAGCCAACAACACUAAGGAAAGCAAUCCAACCAGAGAAACAAAACCGAAUCACAAACAAACCAAUUGACAACCAAAACCCGUGGGAACAAUGAUUUUUGCCAAAACAAAGGAUAAACCGAAACAACAAACCCAUUAGUCCUGUCAAAUGCAAACACAAGUAAACGAACAAGCGCAAGAAACGUUAAAUUAAUAGCUCUUGAGUUAUUUCACGGAAGAAAAUCAAAUAUAAACCAAACAAAAGAACAACAAAGCAGGAAUAGUAUUCAUCAUUACACAAAAGAGGAAAAACAAACGCAGAAACUGUUCUUCGAGAAGCUAACAAAGCUAAUAACAGAACGAUCAACAUGAAAUUUAAGAAAAAAAAUUAACUGUGAACAGAUGCAUAUUUUUGGAAAAAUAAUUUCCUUUUUUUAUGUCAGUUUUGACAACUAUCAGUACCGACGCAGAGGAAACAAUCGAAUUUGUUGUUUAAUUUCUUUCGAUUAUUCAUUCUGAAAACGUAACGAUUAUAUGCAUGAACACACACAAACAAACAUGUAAGCAAAUUAUGUACGAACAGCGUUCUCUCGAUGGAAGAGUCGAUUGAAUCAAAUGCGCAAAGAAAAAAAAAAGUCUAUCACACUAAUGCAUCUUCUUGAGACUAAAGAAAAGAAUUUGAAAACAUAAACAAAUAUUUAUACGGAAAUGUUGUUGACUAUAUUUACUAUGAAUUUUAUUUCUAUCCUUUUUUCUAUACACAAUGUUCACGCGCAAGAGCGAUCGUCGUUCAUCGUCACGGCGAAGGAAACAAAUCAUUAAAUUAUAUUGAAUCAAGGAAAAACAAAGCGGAAAGCGAUAAAAUGAGACAAAAAGAUAUAAAUACGCUUAUGUAAGAAGAAGUGCAAAACGAAAUAAAAAACGGAUGAAGCAUUAUUAUACGGUUAAAUUUUGAACACGCUACGAAUGAGGAAAGCGUUGGAAGACAAACCAUACACACGGAAGAAAACCAAGAAGAUAUAAGUUUAUUUUUAGUUCUAUCUACAACACAUCAGCAAAGGGUUAAAAAGAACAAAACGUGUUAAAUGCGUUCUACAAGUGGAAGCACACAAUUAAUAACCGUAAAUUGUAAUUCAAACAAUUACGUUCUGUAUGGUAUUUUACCAAACUCUACAUUAAAGAAAAAAGAUCUAUUAAAUACUAACGCAAAACACCCAAUCUUAGUCACGAAUACAAGGGAAAUUACACUUGCCAAAAACAAAAGUUAAAAGUAAGUUUAAAUACCACACAAAAAAAAACAAAGCGAAACAUGAUUACGACGAAAUUCACAUUCUCACACUCACAGAAUGCACGACAGCGAGACGGCUGGGUGCCACAAACCAAAAACUAAAACAAAUCGGUCAAAAGUUUUCCAUCAUCGCAAAAACAAACAAUAGCGCAGCAGAAACCCAACAACUGCACCCUAUAUUCAUCAAACCCAAACCAAAUAAACACAAAAAAACACGUGCGAAAUCACCAUCCAGGUAGGCUGCCUUCACAUUGCCUUGAGUGACUUCCGUCAAACGGGCAACGUUGCGCUUCGCCACCGUCGGAAAACGUGUGUCAAACCUUUGCGAUCGGAGCAGCCUGGCAACACGGCCAAAUGCCAUCGUCAUGGGUUACUCCGAUCGCGGUUCCGAACUAAAACGCACAAUUUCGACGGCUGCGUGCGUCAAUGACCAAUCCACCUAGCUGUCAUUGUACGGCAGCCCACCCCCGCACCGAAUAACCGAUCUUGGGAAUGUUUAGUUAACGCACGGAUUCGUAGGCAGCGUGCUUACGAAGGGUCGAACCCAGGCUUUCCUAUUAACAAGAAUAGCAAACAUGAGCGAGAUGAACGGUCAGCUUUAAUAAUUGAAACCACCAAAAUGACGGCAGCAGAAAUGUUUGGAAAAUCGAAAACUUUGAAGGGUGCGUUUUCUAGAAUGUUCUCAGCGUUAUUCAAUCGAAAGGAAAAUACAAAACAAAAGGAAUGUAUGCUUAUACGAAAAAUUCUCUCCCGAAUGGUGAGUCCGGACACGAAACUCCUCUAUCAUUAUUUGAAACCGUGUGUCUCUCCACGCGACGAAUCGAAAAUCAUACACAUUAUCAAGCACACAUACAUACAAAAAUAUACACGUUCGACACACAAGACACACUGUUACCGUGUGUAGGUGUCACCACCGAUCCGUGCGCCAUCUGGACUCACCGUUCGCCCACUAGUCAAUAUUGAACCUUGGUCGAGUGUCUUCUUAGUUAUCACCUUGAUUGGUAUAGAACAUUGUUUUCCCGACAUUCGUCGCGUUGCCUCCCCCUGGUCCGGAAUAGAACGACCGCAAACGCGACGAGCCAAAUACAACGUUACUCCUCGCUAUCCAGAAAUCUGUAGGGGCUCAGUGUUACUAGCUUUACAAUUCCGGAGGUCGCCAAGGUGGCCGAGUUGCGUCCGUUGCGCAUUGCCGCGGGAACCGGGUGGCCACCGGCUGGUCGACGCUGUGCCACGUGUCAAAUUUGACUACCGUCAAACGCGUGAUUGACAAAUCUUCUUUCCUACAUUUACCUCGUUGUGGCACCGCAAUGACCCCCGCCACGCGACGACCGCUCCGCGACGGACGCACACUCACUAUGAAACUAGUAUCACAUACACUUUUUUGGAUAGUGACGCAAUCGUUUGUACAUCAUAAGCCACUUCACAGUUAUUGUAUACUCCUUAUCUUCCUCGUCAUUCAGGAUGUUAUUAGUUGUAUGCGAAACGUACGAGAAGUCUUAGGUCCUAGGUUAGGUCAGAGCGAUUUCGUUCCGGUAUUCUAAGUUAGUAUAGAGCAUACAUGUUCGGUUUUCUUCGCAAAACCAAACGUAAGUACCAAUUCAAUUAGGCUCUUCAGUUCGUUUUGAAAACUUUCCUAAAACUGUAAGACAGUAACUACUACACCACACUCACAAUACACAAAACAAAAAAAAUCCCAUACAUACAAUAGUAAUAAUAGCGAGAAACCUAUUAUUAUAAUUAUGAUGUAAUUAAAAAUAAAGGUAAAGAAAAUAAACAAUGACCAUAAUAUAUUACAGUAUAUCUUUUAAAAGAACGUAAAUUUAAAUAAAAAUCUCAAAAUAGAGUUGAUGUAGUGUCGAAAAAGCAUAUAAAUAUAACAGAUAUAAUUAAAACUUUAAUUAAAACCAUAUUUUUUCGUAUGAACAAUUAAAGAAAAAACAAAAACAUUAGAACUCUUCUAAACGGUGUCGUGCUAAGAGAAACUAAUAAACCAACCUAAAGAACCAGUCAAACCAAAAUAUAACAAAGAAAUGGCGUCACCAUGUCGACACAGACAACGAACGUCGCCAUCUUGGAUCCGGCAAUAAAACGCGUCGUACCAUUCUAAACGUCAUGACCAGCAGUGACGUUUCACGCAUGAAUGCUGGAGAAUACACCCCAAACGGAAGAAACGACUUUUGUAUCCCUCGUUAUUAGUCCCACCUUGAAAAAAAAACUAGAAAACAUUCGGACUAUUCUAACAAAAUUGAAGAAAACUAAAAAAAUAACAGAGGGAAACAAACAAAAUUGAGAAGUGUGCGGCAAAGCUAAAACAACUCGCAAGCGGAUACAGACAACAAAGUAAGGACUCGUUUGACAUUUGCUGCAUUGUUUCCGUAUAAUCGAUAAACAACAGCAAAAUAGCAUUUAACAACUUGCGCGUUUAUUGGCACUUGCACACUGUCAAACCCACACCGGAGACAAUGUAUUGCGAUAUAUCGCUUCGGGAUGGUAUAAUGCCAAACCAAGAAAAAAACACGAACUAAUACCAUUGCUUUAAAACCUACAAAAUACGAAACGACCUGGCCAAGUUGCUGUGAAGCAAGGGAACAAGGGGUCCGAACAAAACGCAAAGAAUUUAAACACGUGAAAACAAAUCAAAAUGUAAGAAAACAAAUAGACACAAUUGAAACCAACCAGAUAAUGGUUCAACCUAAAACAAAAAAGUAAAUCAAUCAGUAGAGGAAUAACGCAAAUCAACAGACAACAAAAAAAGAAAAUAAGAGCGGGGACGAGGUUUAUACUUCUCCUUCGAAGCAAAUCAUAAAAGCACCCAACUAAAAGCAAAAAAAGGUAGAGAAACAAAACAGCAGACAUUCUUCACACUCAUUCAUCCGCGGCGACUGGCCACACACCGUAACCACGGAACUGGUGCGUGGUGGUGCGAACAGUGGCCGAACAAAGUAAACAUACAACAAGAGGAACUACUGUCCUCGCUCUCCGCUCUUCCAGUGUUGAAGGAGAGUAGAAGCAAAAAAAAAAGAAGAGGUUACGCAAAACAAAAAGGGAACGGAAACGAGUAAAUUACACACACGCAUACACACGCACUGGCUGGCAGAGACAGCAGUGACACAUGAAUCGAGUAUAAACAAAAGAAAUACUAUUAACUAUUUAAUAACUAUUAUUAAAAGAAAAGAAAAUGAAUUAUAUAAUAUAUAAAUAUAUGUGAUUAUAAAUACAUAGGUUAAACAUAAUUUGUCAAUAGCAAGAACAACAAAAAUAUAUAUAUACAUAUAUGUAUAAUUAAAAAUAUACAAAAAUA